AUGAUGCCUCCAAUAAUAAACUUCCUGUGACUUCCAGAUAUGCCGAUUAGCAAUUGAAAUAAAAAUAUGACUAUAUGGGAGAUUAUAGGCUACUUAAACUUUGACAAUGUUUGCUCAAAAUUAGGGAUUAUUAGCGAAUAUAGCAAUUGCCUGAGGAUGGCGCUAUCUUGCGCCAUCCUCGGGCAAUUCCUAUAUCUGAUUUUAUCAAUUUUAUUUACCUGCACUAAUUUUUUGAUUAUUAUUGCUUUUAUUGAUAUAAUUUAUUAUUCUUAUAGCAUACCAAGCUUUAUAUUGAACAUUUUCAAUAGUAUUUUUAACUUAUGGAAAUUAUUUUUUUAUACCCUCUAUUAA